UAUACGGUGUAUUAACUUUUUGCGAUAUGUUAACGGUAAUAUUAAAAUGCCCAUCCAAUUGCUGGUAAAAAAAAACAGAAAUAGAUAGAAAAUUGCUAAAAUAUACAGGGGAACUCAUGCAGUUGCAUAGCUCACUCACCAAAUCAAAGUUGAUUCGUUAUCAAAAUUAAAAAUUUAAAUUUGAACUCUCAGUGGGCAAAUGAGGAAGUUUUCUGCUCUGCUGAAGGGCACACCACGUACAAAAAACGAGAAAGGAAACUGAAGAGCCGCUUGCUUACUAGAAGAAAGUUCUCCGCCAUAAACAGACCAGAGUCUCUGUUUUUCCCUCUUUCGAAGAAACACAACGAUGGCGUAUGGAGAAGACAGAUUACUCCGGCGGGCAACUACUCACUAUUCGCCGGAUCAUGUCAUAUUGCUGGUCGGAGAAGGAGACUUCUCCUUCUCUCUGUCUCUGGCUCGCUCCUUCGGCUCUGCCUCCAACAUCGUCGCUACUUCUCUCGACACCCGCGACGACUUGAUGAAGAAAUACAAGAACGCAGGAUAUAACCUAGCAUUGCUGAGAAAACUCGGAGCUCAUGUGUUCCAUGGAGUGGAUGCAACCAAGAUGAUGGAUCAUCCACUGUUGAAAAUGCACAGAUUCGACCGCAUCAUCUUCAACUUCCCACACGCAGGAUUCCACGGCAAGGAAGACAGUCCCAAACUCAUCAGUAAGCACGCGGAGCUCGUUCAGGGUUUCUUCAGGAACGCAUCAGCAAUGCUACGACGACCAUGGGGAGAAGUACACGUCUCCCACAAGACCACAAAGCCAUACUGCGACUGGAACAUUGUGGAGCUUGCUUUCCAAUGCUUCUUGACCUUCGUUUGUGCAGUCGAUUUCAGGCCGGAAGAUUAUCCUAAUUACUCCAACAAGAGAGGAGACGGGAAGAAGGCGGACGAGUCUUUCCACCUCGGCGAAUGCAGCACCUUCGUGUUCUGUUCUUCCAUGGCAGCAGCUGCUAUUCACAGGCCGCCAUUAAAUUGUAUGAUAUGGGGAAGAAGCUUGAGUGUUGAUGAUCGACAGCAGAGGUUGAUGUCGCUGUGGAGACUGAUGGUGGAUCUUUUGGGCCACCAUCCAGGAGUUGCUGAGAUGAGACUGCGGAUGAGCUGAUGGUGAUCAUCAACGUGGCGUGCUGACGGAACAAAAGUUCACACACUUUCGGAUGGAAAUAGACGGAAUGACUGAUU